AUGCCGCGCGUGAGCUCCACAGACUUCUUCAAGGCCACCAAGAACGGCGUAGACGACGUUCGCAUCGCUGAGUUGAAGCCCCUCAUUCCUCCGCAGAUCCUGGUGGAGGAGCUGCCGCUCACCCCGGCCUCCACCACAACCGUGCUCGAGGCCCGACGCGAGGCCGAGGCCAUCGUGCGCAAGCAGGACGACCGGCUGCUCGUCAUCGUCGGCCCAUGCUCCAUCCACGACCCGCAGGCCGCCCUCGAAUAUGCGAUGCGGUUGAAGCAGGUCAAGGAGGAGCUGAAGGACGAUCUGUGCAUCAUCAUGCGGGUCUACUUCGAGAAGCCACGCACCACGGUCGGCUGGAAGGGGCUCAUCAACGAUCCCAACCUCGACGAAACCUACCAGAUCAACAAGGGCCUCAAGACUGCUCGCGGCCUUCUCUGCCAGCUGAACGAGAUGGGCGUGCCGGCCGCGGUCGAGUUCCUCGACACCAUCUCGCCGCAGUUCAUCGCCGAUCUCGUGUCGUGGGGCGCCAUCGGAGCGCGCACCACCGAGAGCCAGGUCCACCGUGAGCUUGCCUCCGGUCUCUCCGUCCCCGUAGGCUUCAAGAAUGGCACGGAUGGAGGCGUGCAGGUGGCGUUGGAUGCGAUCAAGGCCGCAAGCAAUCCUCACCAGUUCCUUUCGGUGAGCAAGCAGGGGCUCACGGCCAUCGUGCGGACCCUCGGCAACCCCUCGUGCCACGUCAUCCUCCGCGGAGGCAAGCAGGGUCCCAACUACGACGAGACGCACGUGCAGCAGGUCAUGGAACAGCUCGAGAAGGCGAAGCUCCCCACCAGCAUCAUGAUUGACUGCUCUCACGACAACAGCCGAAAGAACCACCUCAACCAACCCACCGUCGCCCAAUCCAUCGCUGACCAGAUCGCGGCGGGCAACGAUUCGAUCACAGGAGUGAUGAUCGAAAGCUUCCUGGUGGAGGGCCGACAGGACCUGCCCAAGGAGGGUCCGCGCUACCUGCAGUACGGGAAGAGCAUCACCGACGCCUGCCUCAGCUGGCAACAGACUGUGCCCGUGCUCCAGUCCCUCGCCUGCGCCGUCCGACGACGACGCGGCACACCCGAGGAGGCCUCGGCCAACACUCAGUAG